AUGGGAGCCUGUGAGAGGUUGAAAAGCCUCAAAACACAGAACCAACUUCCCCUUAUCUGCAUUCAAGAGCCCAAAAGGAAAGCCAAACAUCUUAUCAAAUACACGAUGAAGCUGGGCUUUCAACAUGCCACUAAUAACCUCAAUAACAAAAUUUGGUUGUUUUUGGACUCUUCCAUUACAGUUCAUGUGAUUGCUAACUCCCAUCAGCUCAUUACUUGUCAUAUUACUUGCAUAAAUAGUUGCACUAGUUUCGACUUAACCACGGUUUAUGCUGAAUGCACCAUACCUCUCAGAAAACCACUUUGGGAGGAACUUCUAAGUUUGUCGAACAAACUGAAGGGACCAUGGGAGGUGAUAGGUGACUUUAAUAUGAUCACCUGCCCAGAAGAAAAGCAUGGUGGUGCUCCUUAUAAUAUGCAGAAAAGUAUGGAUUUCCUUGAAUGUCUAACAGAUUGUGGCCUCAUUGAUGCAGGCUAUACAGUGUCGCACCUGGCUAGUACAGGCUCAGAUCAUGCCCCCCUACUGGUCAAGGUAGAAAAGGAGAAGGUAAUACCUAUUAGAUAUUUCAAGUUUCUCAAUGUGUGGUGUAAACACAAAGAUUUCCAAGAUACUGUGAAAGAAGAGUGGAUGAAGCCAACUCAGGGAACUGCUAUGUGGCAACUACAUAUCAAAUUGAAAGCGGUUGCUAAGAGGCUAAGCAGCUGGUCUAGAGCAACAUUUGGUGACAUCUUUAAAGAUGUCAAGGAAGCAGAAGAGCAAAUUGAGGAUCUGGAAAAGAAGCAUAUAGCAAAUCCAAGUGAUGAGACUAGAAGCAACCUGAAUAAAACAAGGGCUGAAUUCAUUAGACUGGUGAAGAACCAAGACGAAAUACUAAGGCAAAAAGCUAAAGCAAGGUGGUUGAAGGAUGGAGAUAAGAACACUGCUUAUUUCCAUAAUGUUAUUAAAGAUAGAAGAAGAAAACUGAACCUGGAUAGUAUAAUGGAUAAUGAAGGACACAGAAUAGAAGGACACCAGAAUAUUGCAAAUGCUGCAGUAAAACACUUUGAGGAGCUAUUUAAAUACCAGGAAAUCAAAGGCAACUUCAAAAUCCUAGACAUAAUCCCUCAAAUGGUUAAUGAGGAGAUGAAUUCCAUGUUGACGGCUAAACCAACAAAACAGGAGGUAAUAAAUGCCAUUGAAAAUAUGGAUCCUGAAAGUGCUCCAGGCCCUGAUGGGUUUGGAGCAAAAUAUUUCCAAACCUGCAUAGACUGUAUUAUAAAUGAUGUUCACAAUGUUGUUACUGAGUUUUUUGAAGGUGCAGAAGUACCCAGGAAUGGGUUCUUUAGAUCCAAUAGAGGCCUAAGACAGGGGGAUCCUCUCUCCCCUUCCUUAUUUGUAAUCUGUGUUGAACUGCUAUCAAUUAUGCUUAAUAACCUGGUUGUGGAUGAGAACUAUACAAGGUUUUACAGGCCUAACAAAGCCUAUCAUAUUACCCAUUUGGCAUUUGCAGAUGAUGUCAUUCUCUUUACAUCAGGUAAGCCUGCUGAUUUAAGGAAUGUUUUGAAGAUACUAACAGUGUAUGAGAAUGUUUCAGGUCAACAAAUUAAUAAGCAGAAGAGUUGUGUAGCCUUUGCCCCCAAAGCUAACAUGGAGAUUAUCCAUAGAGUUACUCACCUCACUGAGAUGCAUAGAAAAGAAUGGCCCAUCAAAUACCUUGGCUGUCCUCUAUUUGUAGGGAGAAUGAAGAUUAUAUACUUUUCAGAGAUGGUUCAGUCCAUAUAA